AUGCCAGACACCCUUAACGUCACAUCAUCCCCUCGGACACAUGGGAAUAUCGAGUUUGACAUCGUCGAAUAUUACCAUCGGAUAUUGGAGAAAGAUGAGAACUUAGCCGUGCCGAUUGCCGCCGUCCAAUGUCUAUCAGAAUGCGUGGCCAAGUCGAAUGCAUCGACAAUGCAAGAGCUGAUUGGCACAUUGUACGUGGCCAUCGACCUUCUCAAGCAGGCCACCUCCAACCUCAUUUCACUAACAGCGGGCUGUGAUCUAUUUCUUCGUUUUCUGAUGACUCAUCAAUCGCCCGAUCUUCUGGUCUCAUUUGUCGAUCACAAACACUCGCUCGUAAACCAAGCCCUCAAAUACGUGGCCGAAUCGCGCUCGAAUUGCGUCGAGAAAGUCGCGAGCUCGGCCGCCCGAUUUAUCGAGGAUGGCAGCACCAUCAUGGUCCAUGGCUAUUCCCGCGUGGUCCUUCAUACCCUCUUACGAGCUUAUUCACCCUCGGAGAAACCGCGGAAACGAUUCCAAGUCUUUGUGACUGAAUCUAGACCAUCCGGACUUGGAUUAAAAACUCAUGCAAUACUUGAGCAGUUUGGAAUACCAUGCGUGGUCGUAUUAGAUUCAGCGGUGGCAUAUGCAAUGGCGAAAGUCGAUCUGGUUUUGGUUGGAGCUGAAGCUGUCUUGGAGGAUGGCGGCUUGAUUAACUACAUAGGAUGCUACCAAAUGGCCAUUGCGGCUAAAGCUCAUCACAAACCGUUUUACGCUCUCACAGAAAGCUACAAAUUUCUGCGACUAUUCCCGCUCUCCCAAUACGAUGUACCGACGAAACAACCGACCCUGCAAUUCCCGAGUAGCAAGGCGACCAAGUCUACCGGAGUGUCUGAAAACAUACCCAAUCUACCCGGCUCAUUGGUCCACGGUCAUUCAUCUAUCUCGGCUAAAUUGACGUUAGAUCAGAUUGCUAAAAAUAAUCCGUCACUGGAUUAUACUACUCCCGAUCUGAUCACUCUUGUCAUCAGCGAUUCUGGUAUCCUUACCCCACCUGGGGUCGCUGAAGUCUUAUUGUCAAUCUUUGGUGGAGAAUAG